GGUACUCUGUUGCUGCUUUGUGCUUUGGGGGGAAUUCUCAACCGUCCAUCUAGCGCUGGAUGGGCAGGGACGGAGUUUGCCCUGUCAUUCAUGCAGAAUUAUGCUCCACAUUACGAUAGUCCUCGCUUUCAGCUCUAUGUCAUCGCUGUUCAAGCCAAUGCUAAAGUGACAGUCGAAGUGCGUCCUUUAAACUUCAGGCAAGAGAAAACUCUAAAUGCUGGAGAAGGGGUCACCAUCAGUCUCCCUACCAGUGUCGAGAUGUACGGCAGUGCGAGGUCUCCCAACACAGUGCACAUUGAAGCCUCAGCAGAUGUGACUGUAACCUCCUUCAGCUACAAGCAGUACACAGCAGACACCUCUGUGGUGUAUCCCACCACUGAGUGGGGUACAGAAUAUUUCAUCUUUACACCUGCUGGGACGCCCUAUGGCUCCUUUAAAGAAUUCUCUGUGACAAAUGGAAAACAGGCCAAUAAAGUAGACAUUUUCCCACGAGGCUCAAUCAACUUCCAGGGUCGUGUCUAUGAGAGUGGCAGCCACAUGGUGAUAGAUCUCCAGCCAUAUGAGAGUGUCCAGCUCCAGAGCGAGAAUGAACUUUCUGGCACUAGAGUCGCCUCUCAGCACCCUGUUGCUGUUUUCACGGGUCACACUUGCACCUGGCGCUUCUCAAAAUGCAACCACGUUUACGAGCAGCUACUGCCAGUGAGCAGGUGGGGCUCCAGCUUCAUUGUGCCUCCCCUGCCUUUCCAGAAGAAAUUUGACAGCCUAUUUCUCCAGGCCUCCCAGCCCACCCGAGUCACCAUCCAAUAUGGCAAGCGUGAAGAUGCUUUGAGUUUGAUCAGGGGGCAGGUAAUGGAAAUCCACUACCAUGAUCCUGAGACACUGUCCAUUCAGGCUGAUCAUGGCAUCCAGGUCCUCCUGCUCUUCAACGGCUUCUCAUUUGGCUGGAUCCAGCACUACGACCCUUUCUUGAUGACCAUCCUGCCUACAGACCGUUUCUGCUCCUCGUAUGCACUAAGGGCUCUUGAUGACUUUGAAAACAAAGCCCUGAUUGUGGCACAGACAAGGGCAAUGGCAGAGCUGCGUAUUGAUGGUGCGAACCUACCCCGUGAUGUUCAGUGGAAAAAGGUUGCAGGGACAGAUUUCUCUUGGGCAGAGAUGUCCUACAAACAAGCCCCUGGCAGCAACAGACACAUUGUGUCCAGCUCUGGUUCCAGCUUUGCUGUCUACAGUAUAGGAGUCAGCCAGAUGAAUGGUUAUGGUGCCCCAGCACCAUGUAUGAAGCCAGUAUCUUUGUCCUGCAGCAGUAUCACCUGCAGUGCCAGUGAGGUGUGUGAGAUGAAGGGAGGGUAUCCUUCCUGUGUCCCCAAGCCAGUGGAAAGCAAACCUGGUACCUGCUGGGCCAUGGGAGAUCCUCAUUACCGUACCUUUGAUGGUCGACACUAUAACUUCAUGGGUACCUGCACAUACGUCAUUGCUAAAAACUGUGGAAAGGAUGAUCUCCCAGCCUUUGAGAUCCUUGCCCAGAACGAGAACAGAGGAAGCCUCAGGGUGUCUUAUGUCGCCCUGGUCACAGUGAAGGUGUAUGGCAUCACCAUCACAGUAGUUCGGUCUGAAACAGGUCGUCUGAGGAUUGACAACAGUCUGUGGAGUUUGCCAGUAACAUUGAACAAUGACAAACUGAAAAUGUUUCAGAGCGGUCACUCUGUGGUCAUUGAGACCGACUUUGGCCUUACUGUCCGAUAUGACUGGGAACACUAUCUUGUGGUCACUCUGUCCAGCAGUUAUGCUGGUAAGACCUGUGGUCUCUGUGGCAACUUCAAUGGCAGUCCCAAUGAUGAUUUCACUACACCCUCUGGCACCCAGGCAGAUGGGGCUGUGGCCUUUGGGAGCAGCUGGAAGGUUCCAGGUUUGGUGAAAGAUGACAGAUGUAGAGAUGACUGUGUGGGUGGGUGUGAGCGUUGUGAGCACAGCCUGAUGAAGAUGUGGGAGGGUGACUUGUUUUGUGGGCUCAUCAUACGUAUAGUUAAUGGGCCAUUCAGCAAAUGUCACGCCAUCAUUGACCCACAAGCUUACCUGGAGAACUGUAAAUAUGACGUAUGCAUGGGAGGUGGCCUUCGACAUUUCCUGUGCAAUGCACUGGAGGCUUACACUGAGGCCUGCCAGCUUGCUGGGAUCCAGGUUCAAGAUUGGAGGAAGAUGGCAAAAUGCCGUCUUGAAUGUCCAGCCAACAGCCACUAUGAGCACUGUGGCAAUGCCUGUCCUGCCACUUGUUCUGAUCCUGAUGCUCCCUCCAAAUGCAAACGCCCCUGUGUGAUGACCUGCACCUGUAACGCAGGCUUUGUUUGGAGCGGAGGUCAGUGUGUGCCUGCCGCUCAGUGUGGUUGUACCUACGAGGGUCGAUACAUCCCUGCUGGGGAGUCAUUCUGGGCUGACCAGGGCUGUCAGAAAUGGUGUAAAUGCAUUGCUGGAAGCAGACUGGUGGAGUGCCAGAAUAAAGGCUGUGGGGCAGGACAGCAGUGCAAGGUGGUUGACGGUAUAAGAAAGUGUCAAGCCCUCUCCUAUAGCACCUGCCAGGCCACAGGUGAUCCCCACUACAUGACCUUUGACAAGACGAGGUUUGACUUCCAGGGAACAUGUGUCUACCAACUGGUUGCACUCUGCUCCAACAACCCGGAGCUAGUGCCCUUUGAAGUGCUGGUGCAGAAUGAUCACCGGGGCAGCAAGGUGGUUUCCUACACCAAGUUAGUCGAAGUCAAGGUGUAUUCCCUCAGCAUUGUCAUUACGAGGACACACAAGGGCCUGAUUAUGGUGAAUAAUGAGCUGGUCAACCUGCCUGUGACCCUGGCUGGAGGGCAGGUAUCUGUAUAUAAGAGCGGCUGGUAUGCUCUCCUCACCACAAACUUUGGCCUUGAAGUCUCCUUCAACUGGGAAAAUGCUGUGUUUGUUACACUUCCAAGCAACUACAUGGGAGCCGUUUGCGGCCUCUGUGGCAACUACAACGGCAAAGGCCAGGAUGACCUGAUUCCAAAGAACGGUGACAAAGCUGUCUCACCAGCAGCUGUUGGUGCCAGCUGGCGAGUGGCUGAGAUCCCGGGCUGUGUCGAGGGCUGUAAAAGGGCGUGUCCGGACUGUGACAUUACCCAGAAGGUUCAGUACGAAAAAGGAGACUUCUGUGGUAUACUGAGAGACCCCAAUGGGCCAUUCCGUGGCUGCCAUGCUAAGGUGGACCCAGCUGGUUACUUUAAAGACUGUGUUUAUGAUGUUUGCCUGUAUAAAGGCAGGAAGGAUGUGCUGUGUCAGGCUAUUACUUCAUACACAUCUGCCUGCCAGGCUGCGGGGGCCAAGGUGUACAGCUGGAGAACUAGUCAGUUGUGUGCGGUGAAAUGUCCAGUCAACAGCCACUAUGAAGUUUGUGCGACUGGCUGUCCUGCCACUUGCAAAAGUCUGGCCCCUCUUUCAGGCUGCAAGGUUCAAUGUAAGGAGGGCUGUUCCUGUGAUGACGGGUACAUCCUCAGCGGAGAUGUAUGUGUUCCCUUCUCACAGUGCGGCUGCCUCUACAACGACCGCUACUACCGCAUCGGCCAAGUGUUUUAUCCCAACGGGCAAUGUCAGGAGGAGUGCAAAUGCACACAAGAUGGAGAGGUUGAAUGUCAGAAGUUCUCAUGUGGCCCUAAUGAGAAGUGUAAAGUAGAGAAUGGCGUCCAAAAAUGUCACCCUGUUGGUAAGGGUGUUUGCCACGCCUCUGGUGACCCCCACUACCGCUCUUUUGAUGGGCGACUAUUUGAUUUCCAGGGCACCUGCACCUACACACUGUCUAAGAGCUGUGGGCUGGAAGGCACCCACCUGGUGGCCUUCUCUGUUGAGGUGGAGAACGUGCAGUGGAACCAGAUGGUGAACAACAAAGUGGUGUCUGUCACUAAGCUGGUUGCUGUGAAGGUCUAUGGAUUCACUCUCAUCAUGCGGAACAACAUGUUUGGAGUCCUGGUAAAUGGAGUGUUUAACUAUCUUCCUGUGAAUCUGGAUAAUGGAGCUGUGCUGGUCUAUCAAGAAGGCCAGCAUUAUGUUAUUGCAACAAAUUUCGGACUGCUGGUCACGUAUGACCUGGUCUACCAUGUGACAGUCACAGUACCUGGCAAUUACCGUGGUAAGGUCUGUGGCCUUUGUGGUAACUUCAACGGUAACCAAAAAGAUGACUUCCAAACGCCCAAGCGCCAGCUCACCAGCAACGUGAAUGUGUUUGGAACGUCAUGGAAGGUCACCAUCCCCGGGGUGGUGUGUAAAAAUGGCUGUGAAGGCAAUUACUGUCCUAAAUGUGAGCCAGCUCGGAAGGCCGUGUUUUCAAAGUCCACUUACUGUGGUGUUGUUACUGCACCCAAAGGUCCUUUUGCAGUCUGCCAUAGUAAACUGGACCCAGAGCCAUACUUUGAAGACUGUGUGUUUGAUGUGUGUGCUUCCAAUGGGGAUGGAAAGGUGCUGUGCAACAGCAUAGCGGCCUAUGCCUUCAACUGUCACAUGGCAGGAGUGGACGUCAAAAACUGGAGGACGGCUUCAUUCUGCCCCAUGAAAUGUCCAGCCAACAGUCACUAUGAGGUGUGUGCAGACGCGUGCUCUGCAUCCUGCCCAGGCCUCACAGAGAUAGUCCAGUGCUCCACCAGCUGUACAGAAGGCUGUGAAUGUGAUGAUGGCUUCUUAUUCAAUGGACAGAUAUGUGUCAAAGAGACUGAGUGUGGAUGCUAUGACAAUGGGAAAACUUACAGGCCUGGUGAAGUUGUGCAUGAGGAAGACUGUAACACAAAGUGCACCUGUAAUCCAGCAACAGGCCUCGUCUGUCAAAAGCACUCCUGCCCUCAAAGCACCAAGUGCAUGAUCAAGAAAGGAAAACGAGCAUGCUACAAUAAAGAUCCCUGCAAAGAUGCCAAUUGCCGGGUCAAGGAGACGUGCCGGGUUGAGAAGGGUGAAGCUGUGUGCAUCCCCAACUACACAGGCAUCUGCUGGGCCUGGGGUGACCCCCACUACCACACAUUCGACGGUUACAACUAUAACUUCCAGGGCACCUGCAAGUACGUCAUCUCCAAGACCUGCGGGAAUCUGGAUGGUCUAGUGCCAUUCUCAAUCACAGAGAGGAAUGAUAACAGAGGAAGCACAGCAGUUUCCUACGUCAGGGAGGUAGAUGUGUCUGUAUACGGGUACAGCAUCAUCAUAGGCAAGAACCAAAUUGGUCGAGUCACGGUGGACGGGGAACUGCUGAAUCUUCCAGUACGACUGGGUGACGGUGAAGUGUCAGUGAUUCAAAUUGGUCAUACUGCAAUGGUGCAGACGAACUUUGGCCUGGUUGUCAGCUAUGACUGGAACUGGGAACUGGUCAUUCAGCUGCCCAGCAGCUACUUCGGCAGUGUCUGUGGUCUGUGUGGCAACUUCAAUGGCAACAUUGGUGAUGAGUUCCAGAAUCCUGCUGGAAAAGCUGUCUCGUCAGUGAUAGAGUGGGGCAAGAGCUGGCAAACGCCUGACCAGGACAAGGACCAUCCUUGCUGGGACACAUGCGAGACAAACUGUGCUACCUGUGAUGAUAAGCAGGCUAAGCUCUAUGAGACUGAGGCUUUCUGUGGGGCUCUCACAGCCAAGACCAAUAGUGUGUUCCAGAGAUGUCAUGGAAAAUUGGACCCCAAGGCCUUCAUGGACAGCUGUGUGUAUGAUAUGUGUCAGAAUAAGGGAGACAAGAGGAUGCUGUGCCAGGCAUUGGCCUCCUACAGUAGGCAGUGUCGUGAGGGAGGAAUAAUAAUCAAGAACUGGAGGAAAAAGUUUGGCUGUCCAAUGAACUGUCAGCGUCACAGCCACUAUGAAGAGUGUGCCAGCCCGUGCCAACCAUCCUGCCCGUUCCCUGAACAAAAGCAGGCCUGCAACGGUGCCUGUGUUGAGACCUGUGUGUGUGACGCGGGUUAUGUCCUCAGCGCUGGUGUCUGUGUACCUGCUAAAACAUGUGGUUGCUCCUACCAGGGUCGCUAUUACAAACCAGGCCAGCACUUCUGGGCCGAUGAGGUUUGUGGUCGCCUAUGUGAGUGCGAUGCGACCCUGGGCAUGGUGACAUGCCGUGAGGCAUCCUGCUCUGGCAACGAAAGGUGCACCAUAGAGGAUGGAGAGCGCGCCUGCCGACCCAUCAGUCACGCCACAUGCACAGCCUCAGGUGACCCACACUACCGCACUUUUGAUGGCCGCAGGUAUGACUUCCAGGGAACAUGUGUAUAUCAGCUGGUGGGACUGUGUUCUCAGCAGCCCGGGCUAGUGCCGUUCAAGGUGACUGUGCAGAACGACCACCGGGGAAGCAAAGCUGUGUCCUACACAAGGACCGUCACGUUUUCCAUAUAUGGAAUCACCCUCACCAUCAGCAGACAAUACCCCUACAUGGUCCUGUUCAAUGGGCAGCGUGCUUUGUUGCCACUGGAGUACAAUAAUGAGCUGGUGGUGUUUCUCAGUGGCUGGACAGCUGUUGUGGAGACAGCUGUUGGUAUCACUGUGACCUUUGACUGGCGGAGCACGGUGAGCGUAACUCUGCCCAGCAACUACCAGGGUGCAGUCUGCGGUUUGUGUGGCAACUACAACGGAAACGCUAAGGAUGACCUGACCAUGCGGAAUGGCCAGAUUGCCCCUGACGGAGUCAAGCUCGGGGAGAGCUGGCAGGUGGCCCUCGUACCAGGCUGUUCAUCAGUCUGCCAGGGGGCGUUUUGCCAGGCCUGUUCAGACUCCCAGAAGAAAGAAUACCAAGCCCAGAAGUACUGCGGUAUUAUCGCUGACAAAGCAGGGCCUUUCAGAGAUUGUCACAGCCAUGUGGACCCUGCCCUUUACCUGGAGGACUGUGUGUAUGAUGCCUGUCAUUAUCAUGGCCACCGUGGAUCAGUCUGUGAUGCAGUGGGAGUGUAUGUCUCUGCCUGUCAGAGCCGAGGAAUCACCAUCCACUCCUGGAGAACAGAAACCUUCUGUCCAAUGUUGUGUCCAGCGAACAGCCAUUAUACCCUGUGUGUCACAGGUUGCCCAGCCAGCUGCGCCAGCUUAACGUCCUAUGCCACCUGUCACAGGCAUUGCACAGAAGCCUGCGAGUGUGACGAAGGCUACCUGCUGAGUGGGGGUACCUGCAUGCCCGUGAGAGACUGUGGCUGCUCAUACGGCGGUCAGUACUACAGGAAAGGAGACGUCUUCUACCCUGAAAGCGAGUGUGUGGCACAAUGCAUCUGUGGAGAGAACGGCGCAAUAUCUUGCCAGAAGGCCAAGUGCCGAACAGGGGAGAUCUGUAAGCUCGUAAAGGGAGUGAAAGGCUGCCACCCUGAGGGGCAAGGCAAGUGUGUCGCUUCUGGCGACCCUCAUUACAUUUCCUUUGAUGGACGGAGAUUUGAUUUCCAGGGUACCUGUGUCUAUGUAUUGGCCAAGGUUUGCAAUGAUGACAAUGGCCAGCUGACUCCAUUCACUGUAACUCAGGGGAAUGAGAAGUAUGGAAAUGGAAAAGUGGCUGUGACCAAGUCGGUUACAGUAGCAGUCUACGGUUUUGUCAUUUACAUCCAGCAGGGAAUGCCAUGGAAAGUUAUUGUGGAUGAUGAACUUCUAAACCUCCCUCUCUCCCUGGACGAUGGCCGUCUUAGAGUCACCCAGGAAGGUCGCAACAUAAUUGUACAAACAGACUUUGGACUGACAGUCCUCUAUGACACUGUCUAUUAUGUUGAGGUGAUCGUGCCUUCUACAUACCAGGGUAAGAUGUGUGGUCUCUGUGGCAACUACAACAAGAAGGGUGGCGAUGACUUCAUACUACCUGGUGGCAAACAAACAAAAAGUGUUGAUGACUUUGGGAAGGCGUGGGUGGUGGACCUGCCUGGGUACGUGUGUGGCGGCUGUGGAGGACAGUGCCCAGUGUGUGAGCAGGCCAAGGCUGCAUUGUACGGAAAACCCGACUCCUGCGGCAUCAUAAGUGCACGUGAUGGGCCUUUCAAAGCCUGCCACAGUAAAGUCGACCCAGCAGCAUAUGUUUCUCAUUGUGUGUUUGAUGUGUGUGCUGUGGAUGGCAAGAAAGAUACUCUGUGUAACAGUGUGCAGGCCUAUGCUUUGGCCUGCCAAAGUGCAGGUGUUCAAAUCCAGCCAUGGAGGAGCAGCUCCUUCUGCCCUGCUUCCUGCCCUCCACGCAGUCACUAUGAGGUGUGUGCCGACACCUGUGGCGGGACCUGUGUCAGCUUUAUUUACCCAUUUUCCUGUUCGGAAAGCUGUUUUGAAGGAUGUCAAUGUGAUGCCGGCUUUGUAUUCGAUGGCAUCCAGUGUGUUUCCUUGGACAACUGUGGGUGUGUGUACGACGGCAAAUAUCUGACGGCGGGCCAAGCAGUGGUGGACAAAGACUGUAAGUCCAAGUGUGUGUGCCAGGCCUCUGGUGUGGUGAAGUGUGAAAAGCUGUCCUGUGCCAGUCGGGAGGUUUGCGGUAUAAGAGACGGAGUCAGAGGUUGCCAGGCCAAACAGGGCCACUGCAGCAUCAACCAAGUUGGCCACCUCAGCUCCUUUGAUGGCAUGUCUGGAGCCAUGGGAGCUCAAGGGGCAUUUGAAGUGGCAUCUCUGUGUGAUGAGACCGCUGAGCUGUGGUUCCGUGUGGUUGUGGACGUCAGGGUCUGCAGUAAAGGGGCAUCUCCCGUUGUCGCCACCGUGUAUGUGUUCUUCAAGGAAACCAUCGUCACAGUGAACAGCCAACACGCGACCUGGGUAAAUGGCAGGAAAGUGUCUCUUCCCAGCGAAGUGACGCGUGAACUAUCCGUCAAAAUCUCAGAGAAGACUGUGAUCAUCGAGAAGGCAUCCUCUGUGCGGGUCACCUACUCAGUCUCACAGGAGGUCAGCGUCGUUGUUGACAGCACCCUGUCCGGUAAAAUGUGCGGCGCCUGUGGCAACUACAAUAACGACUCCAAAGAUGAUAUGAAGACUGCAGGUGGGAAAAUUACCACUGAUGUGUCUGUGGUUGUCGGCUCCUGGAGCGCUGGGGACUUUUCCAGAUGUGGCCUGUAGAGACAUUGACUCCAAGGCAAUAGAAAGCAUCUGUUAUAAAGGUAAAAACUCAACUUGUUUCCUCCCAAAUCCAUGAAGCGAUGCAUCCUCGUGAAAGAAACAGCUGUAGAAUGUGGUUCUACAUCCCUGCUUUUUACCCCCAUUAAAUAGGAUGAAGAAGACUGUGAAGUUGUUCAGCUGUAGUUUACUGCUUGUUUACAUCCAGUCUUACUCAUCACACUUCUCCUCUUCCUUCUUGAUUCCAUGAAAUUCUUUUUGCUUGUUCAUUGGAAGUCUGGUCUUCUAUUGUUCAUUUUGGAGUUGAAAACAAACCUCGCUCAUCCUUGACCAACAUCUCCAUCUAGUGGAGAAGGUAAUCAUAGAAUCUCUUAACACCAGCUGAGAGCAAGGCACGGUCACAAGUCUUAUAACCGUCUUAUUAUAUCUGUAUAGUUUUAAAAACGUUUAGGCCUAUGUUUUGUUUUGUUUGUUUAUGUGUUGUCCUCACUCUUGUGACCAAUAAACAAUGUUUCAUC